AUGGAUGAUUUGAAGACAUACGCAAAGACUGAUUAUGAACAAACAGGCUUACUUACCAUUGUGAAAGGCUUUAGUGAUGAUAUCAAAAUGGAGUUUGGACUAGAUAAAUGUGCGAAAGCAACAUUUAAGAGAGGAAAGUUAAUAAGUGCUGAAAACAUCGAACUUGAUUUACAAACGACCAUCAAAGAUCUUGACCAAGAGGACACCUAUAAAUACCUUGGUGUUAAUGAAGGAGAUGGACUUCAACACUCAAUGAUGAAGGAAAAGAUUCGCAAAGAUGGAUAUGGAUAUAGAACAGGUGGUCAAGUAAUCAAUCACUUGUUCUAUAUGGAUGAUUUGAAGACAUACGCAAAGACUGGUUAUGAACAAACAGGCUUACUUACCAGUGUGAAAGGCUUUAGUGAUGAUAUCAAAAUGGAGUUUGGACUAGAUAAAUGUGCGAAAGCAACAUUUAAGAGAGGAAAGUUAAUAAGUGCUGAAAACAUCCAACUUGAUUUACAAACGACCAUCAAAGAUCUUGACCAAGAGGACACCUAUAAAUACCUUGGUGUUAAUGAAGGAGAUGGACUUCAACACUCAAUGAUGAAGGAAAAGAUUCGCAAAGAGUAUUACAGAAGKAUACGUCUAGUUCUUAAGUCAGAACUAAAUGCUAUCAAUAAAAUAAGUACAAUAAACACCUUAGCAGUCCCAGUUGUCACUUACAGCUUCAAUAUCAUCAACUGGAAAAUAGAAGAACUCAAGCGACUGGAUAGAAAGACAAGAAAGHUUUUGACAAUGGAAAAAAUGCACCACCCUAAGGCUGACGUGGAUAGACKGUACUUGCCAAGAACAUCAGGUGGUAGAGGUCUUAUUCAAAUUGAGGCCUCUUACAAGACAACCACGAUUGGCUUUGAUAUUUAUCUUAGCGACAAGCAAGACAAUCUACUGCAAAUAGCAAUUGAGCAUGACAAGGCAAAGAAAUUAUUUUCCAUUCAMCAUGAAGCGACAAGGUUCAAAAGAGGUCUCGAUCUACAAGAGAUACCGAAWACAGCGAAUGAACCAACCACUAUCUAUGCCCGGAGAACCAAAAUAAWAGCAAAACAUUAUUCUGAAGAACAGCUAAAGAAUUCCUGGGAAGAAAAACCACUUCAUGGAAAGUAUCCAAAGCACCUUAAUGAUAAUGAUGUUGAUCACCUUCAGACAAACAAAUGGCUCCAAACCUCUGGAUUAAAAUCCCAAACUGAAGGCUUUAUGAUUGCUGCCCAAGAUCAGUGCAUUGCAACAAACUAUUAUAAAAACAAAAUCCUAAAAGAUGGUACUCGUCCUCUAUGUAGAAUUUGUAAUCAACAACUUGAAACGAUAGACCACAUUGUAUCGGGGUGCCCAGAGCUUGCUAAAACAGAWUAUAUCCAUCGACAUAACAAAGCAGCCAAAUAUAUCCAUUGGAAAGUAUGUAAACACUUCAAUAUAAAUGUUAAUGAGCGAUACUAUAAACACGAACCAACAACUGUGACUGAAAACGAUCAAGUUACAAUACUAUGGGAUAUGGGGAUACAUACUGACAGAGAAAUAACAGCCAACCGUCCAGAUAUUGUUGUGAAAGACAAAGAAAAUAAAACAUGUUUGCUAAUAGACAUGUCUGUUCCCACAGAGAAAAACAUCUCAAUAAAAACAACYGAAAAACUCUCAAAAUAUAAAGACCUUGAAAUCGAAGUGGUAAGAAUGUGGGGCUUGAAAACAAGUACAAUACCUGUGAUAAUUGGUGCUUUAGGACUUAUUAAAAAAGGGAUAGAUAAAUAUAYAAACAAAAUUCCURGAAAUAUMAAAAUAGUAGAKCUACAGAAGAUUGUGCUCCUUGGUACAGCACAUAUACUAAGGAUGACACUAUCCAUCAAGUAA